UUACUUAAUCUAUGGUAGCACACAUAACCUCACAUACAAUUUCGAGACGUCCAAGUGUUUACUGUUUUCCAUUAGACCAGUCUUGGAGUAUUUUAGGCCAGAAUCCCAGGUGUGAAAGCAUGUCGCAACCGGAAGCCUCUGCCAGCUCAGAAGACAGUGAGGACUUCACAUCUGAAUUCAGCCACUUAUAUAAAAACGCCGGUCGCAACGCUGAUCUAUCCCAGCAGGAAAGACGGGAAUUCUACCUGAAUGACCAGAAGGAGCGCAGGCAUAGUCUGGUGGACAAGCAUCGGGACUUCUCUGAACUAUUCCUGAACGAUGAAAGGCAGGAGGUGUGCGAAGACCUGGUGGUGUCUUCCGAGCAGGUUGAAGACAUGGACGUGGACGUCCAUAGGCGGAAAAACAAGCGUGGCUUUUCCCUAAUGCAUUCAGAGUGGCUUGUGGAUGUGCCCCCCGACUUGGAAGAGAAUUGGCUGGCGAAGUUCGCCCCUGAAGGCUUCCGGGUGUUGCUGAUAGCCAAAAAGUUCCAAACAGUUUUGCUGAACAAGCGAGGCAAAGUGCUGACGCUGAGAACUCAUUUACCUGGCGGCGGCCUGUCGCGAAAUCACGGUCUCACAGUCCUGGACUGCAUAUACAAUAAAGUAAGUAAAACUAUAUUUGUGUUAGACUGUUUGUAUUGGAAUACCAUGUCGAUGUUGGACAGUGAGACUACGUUUCGCUUCUACUGGCUGCGCAACCAGUUUGAGGAAAACGCGAAAAUGCACGAGACAAACAAAGCCCACAAGCUCCAACUCUUGGAGUUUAUGCCAGCAGACAAGGGUUUGAUUCAGGAGAAAAUUUUCCAAGACUUGUUGGCUUCUAGUCACAGUGUUUUGUACCAUGGCAUCGUCUUCUACCAUAAGGAGCUGCACUACACGUUCAAACAAACCCCCCUGCUGGGCUGGCUGUAUUGCUACAUGUUGCCGGAAAAACUGGCCAUAGACGUGCCCGAUAUUAUCCUCAGCAAAAUGCCCAAAAACUAUCACUCGCUUGAAAAAUAUCUGGAAGCUUUGGAGGACAAACAAGCGAAUAAACUGAGGAGUUUCAAGGAGUUGAGGCAGGCAAGCAAAGUCAUGGACACGUCCUAAAUGUUUACUGUUUUUACAUACUGUGCUAUAUUUAAAUCGUCGUUUUUAUUCUGGUCUGUCUGAAGUUCAAUUGAUGAAACUCAAGCAUCAAGGUGUAUUAUGUAUAUUUUAAUUUCCCUACAUGUAUGUAUUAUAGAUUAUAUGGAUCCACAACAAGCAAA